AUGUGUGGUGGGACAAAUCGCCGAUGGCUAGAGGUUGUUUGGGGAGUCGUCGACCAUGGUUUGGGGAGACCGGAAAAUAGCUACACUUUUACAAAGGAAUAUUUAAGUGCGUGCGUUCCAAAUGAACAUGCCCAUAUUGCGAAAUCAUGUUCCACAGUCAAUCUAUACAAAUUUAAAGCACAAGCUUUUCUAGCAGGAAAACAAAAAAUAGAAAGAGAAAAACUUACCGUUGAUGGAGGACGAAGAUCAUGCAGGAACGACAAGGAUGGAGCUUGGGCGGAGGCGUUUCAGGAGGCAGCAACGGAGGAGAUAUCGUCGGAGGACAUAAAUCGUAAAUGCAUGGGAAGCAAUGUUGGCAAGGAGAAGAAGAAUAAGCGCAAAUAA